AGUCAACGUCAGUUCCACACGCUACUUUACUACAACUAGUCUACUCCUGCCAUUUGCUUUACAUUUAUUUAACAUUCCUCUGUAUGCAUAGAAUAAUCCCCUACUCAAUCUUACUUGUGCACAAACUCCAAGACACACCCUCCUGUUCUUUCUCGUUUUUUCACUAGAGCAUCAAAUUCUUGUCUCCUCGGACACAAACACAAGCUAAAAUGAGAAGAAGGUAUGUUGAUAUCUCCUCUGUUUUGCUCUGUUUUUUCUUGAUAGACUAUGUUUCUUCUCAGUUGUCCCCUGCCCAGAACUCAACUAUGUCUAGGCUCUAUGGCCUUGUAACAUCAAACACAAGUUCAAAUCCAAAUGAAUGGACUCAUGUUGAAUUUGCUCAAAACCCAUGUUCUUGGUCUGGUGUUUCUUGUAGUGUUGAUAAUACUAGUGUGAUAAGACUGAAGUUUGCUAAGUUUGGUUUGUCUGAUGUUGAGAUUCUUUCUGUUCCCUGCCAACUUGAUAGUUUGGAAAGUCUUGAUUUUUCUAAUAAUCAUUUUGGGGGGAUCCCAAAUGAGUUUAUUGAUGUUUGUGGUAAGAUUAGUGGGUUAAAGACGUUGAAUUUUAGUAGAAAUAGGCUUGUUCAGUUGCCUGUUUUUAAGGGUUUUCUUGGGUUGGAAUUUUUGGAUUUUUCUUUUAAUGAAAUUAAUGGGACAUUUGGUUCUCAGUUGAAUGAUUUAGCCGGGUUAAAAGGGUUGAAUCUUGGGGACAAUAAAUUAUCUGGGCUGCUUCCGGCGAGUCUAGAAAAUUUUAGUCAGUUAAAGGAGCUCCAGCUCGGUGGUAAUGAAUUUCAGGGGAGUAUUCCUGGAGAGAUUGCGAAUUGUAGGAAUUUAACCCUGAUUGAUCUUGGUGGGAAUAGGUUGUCUGGCUUGAUUCCGGAGAGAUUUGGAGAACUUUUAGAGUUAGAGAGUUUGAUUUUGUCCGUCAACAAUUUGAGCGGUGAAAUUCCCAAGUCACUGCUGAAGAUCACAACCCUUUCGCGGUUUUCUGCUCAUCAGAAUAAUUUUGUUGGUGAAAUUCCAGUUGGGAUGACUAAACAUCUCAAAAUUUUGGACCUGAGUUUUAAUAAACUAAAUGGGUCUAUUCCGGUGGACCUUCUGUCACCAUCAAAUUUGGAGACGGUGGAUUUAUCUGACAAUGGAAUGGUGGGGUCAAUACCUGCUGAUAUAUCUCCGAGAUUGUUUAGGUUGAGACUGGGAAACAACUAUUUAAGUGGAACAAUUCCCACAUCAUUUGGAAAGCUUAGCAAUUUGACAUAUUUGGAGCUGGAAAACAAUAUGCUGACUGGACAGAUUCCUCCUGAGCUGGGACUUUGCCAUAGUUUAGCACUUUUGAACUUUGGUUACAACAACUUAAGUGGUACUUUGCAGGAGCAACUGGGCAAACUUACCAACCUCCAGGUAUUAUAUUUGCAAUUUAACAAUUUGUCUGGGAUAAUACCAGAUCGAAUUUCUGAAUUAUACAGUCUGCAAAGACUGAAUCUGAGCCGGAAUGCCUUUAGUGGUCAAAUACCAUCAUCAAUCUCUAGUUUGAAAAAUCUUACAAAUUUAUAUUUGCAAGGAAACCAGCUUAGUGGUGCAAUACCUGAUACAAUUGGUGGUUUAAGUAAUUUAAUUGAACUUCAACUCGGAAACAACCAACUUGGUGGAGUCAUUAAAUCUUUGCCAAAAAGCUUGCAGAUUGCUUUGAAUCUCAGCAAAAACAACUUUGAAGGAGAUAUUCCGAAGGUUCUAUCUACAUUAGGUCUGCUUGAAGUUCUGGACUUGUCAAACAACAAGUUCUCUGGCAAAAUCCCUGAAUUUCUGGUUAAUUUGGGUACCCUAACUCACCUUUUACUCUCAAACAAUCAACUGUCUGGAGUUAUACCGAUGUUUGGAACACAUGUUACUGUUGAUACAAAUGGGAAUAAGGGUCUUAUCAGAAGUACAACCCCUUCUCUACCAGUCUCGAAAGGCAAAAGGAAAGUUUCAGCUGGCGUGGUGAUUGCAACAGCUGCCAGUGUUCUGGUUGUUGCUAUAAUUGUAUUUGUUGCUCUAUAUAUCUUCAGGAAAUAUUACAGAGUGAACAAUGUACACUCAAGUCUAGGAGAAGAUAUACCUCAACCACAAGUCGUCCAGAGGAAAUUGUUAACCGAAAAUGGUAUUCACAGGUCAAAUAUCGAGUUCAAUUCCGCUAUGAAUGCUGUCGCCAAUCCUUCAAACAUCAUGGUCAAAACUCGGUUUUCAACCUAUUACAAAGCUGUAAUGCCAUCUGGUAAAAAAUACUUUGUCAAAAAGCUGAAUUGGAGCGACAAGAUAUUCCAAAUGGGUAGCCACGAGAAGUUUGGAGAAGAGCUAAAAGUUCUGGGGAAGUUGAACAAUUCAAACGUGAUGUCUCCCCUUGCCUAUGUCUUAGCCACUGAUAAUGCAUACCUGUUCUACGAGUUUGCAGAAAAUGGCACCCUUUUUGAUUUUCUUUAUAAUAAUUCAGAUAAUGAGUUGGAAUGGUCAAGUCGUUACAGUAUAGCACUUGGAGUAGCUCAAGGUUUGGCUUUUCUCCAUGGGUACACUUCUGGCCCAAUUUUACUGUUAGACCUUUCGAGCAAAAGCAUCAUGCUGAAGUCCUCAAAAGAGCCUCAGCUCGGAGAUAUUGAGCUUUUUAAGGUUAUUGAUCCUGCAAAGAGUACAGGCAGUCUUUCUACUAUUGCUGGUUCUGUUGGCUACAUUCCUCCAGAGUAUGCUUACACAAUGAGGGUCACAAUGGCUGCCAAUGUUUACAGCUUCGGGGUAAUUCUGUUGGAACUACUUUCUGGAAAACCAGCAGUGUCACAGGGGAUGGAGUUGGCCAAGUGGGCUUUGAGCAAGUCAUCUCAGCAAGACAAGUUGGAUCAGAUUCUUGAUUUCAGGCUGAGCAGAACAUCACCAGCAAUUAAAAGCCAGAUGCUAUCAAUCCUUAAGGUUGCACUUACUUGCGUUAGUGUUUCACCAGACGCAAGGCCAAAAAUGAAGAGUGUGCUUCGAAUGCUAUUAACAGCAAGAUAGAUUAUUCUCGUGGGUAAAACUAUAAUACCAGCAACUUAAUACAUGCAUAAGAAUACAGUUUUUGAUAGUCUGUAUGGUUGCAGAGCUGCAAUUGUUUUCCAUACAGUAUACUACUAAAGUGUAAUUACAAAAUGUAAGAUAUAUAUAUUUAUAAAGCUAAAUCUAAGUUUGUAUUGUUGUUUAUAA